CGUUCACGCCUCCAACUGACUCAAGUUGGUCCACUCACCUCCAAGUUUUGAAUGCAUUUGUGUUCUUUGACGUUUUUUUCCAAUUCAGCAUGAGUAAGUCGAGCACUUUAAAAGUGAAGAAUUUGUUCAAAGUAAAGUCACCGGAUAAAGAAGGCAAGGCUUCCAAGCAGUCGGACUCCAUCACAGAUGGAGACACGUUGCAGACUUCACCGGCGAGAUCUGGAGACGCCGCCGCCGCUGCAGCCGCACUGCCCGGUGAUGGCGUUUUCAUUUCCCCCAAGGAAAAAAAAGGAAAGCGGUCGUUGUCAUUGAGGUUUAAACGAAAGAAAUCUAAGCAGAAAGAAGACAGAGUUGUUGGCGACGAUGACUUGUUCCCCAAUGAACUGGACAGCUUCACCAGACACAUGAGUUACGACCAGAUGAGUGUUUCGACAGCGUGCUCAUUCCAAACCGAAUCCGAGUGGGACCUUCAUUCUGACACUAAGUCCAUGAUCUACUUCAACAUGACUCAGCAAGGAAAUCCCUCUUCACCACCCAAGUACUUCAAGAAUUCCGAGGAGAAAAAGGGCGUGUUGGGUCGUCUCAGUCACUUCUUCAAACCCAAGAAGAAGAGGAGCCGAAGCAGCGAGACUUCCGACACUUCACUCAAUGCAUCUUCUCCCGGUUCCCCGACGUCCCCCAUGUCUCCAGAUUCAUCUCCGCUGAAGCAGGAAGAUGGCUCAAAGACUCCUACCCCCUCCCACAAUGAUUACAGACUGACCUCCGAGAGUGAGGACACCCUCAGCCAAAGCUCCAGCCCCAGUGCCUCCAGUGUGGUUUGUCUAUUGGCUGAUGGGGAAGAUGUUCCAUUUUCAGACUCCAGCAGCAGCGGCUGUAGCAGUGUGAGGGAGGUUCCUGUGUUCGGCACCUCCGACAGUCAAAGGAAUUCAGGAAAUGUGACCCCCACUGCAUUCGACUUUGAAAGCCCCACUCUGCCGCUUUCUUCUGACUCCAAUUCAGAGGUGGGAUUUGCCGAGUCAGUGGUGGAGGAGGUGAGCAAAAGGCUGCAUAUGAAUUUGGAGGACAUCACUGUGGGUGAUACCCCAACCAAGCUGCCAACGCUUCAAAUUCCCUUCCCCAGUAACGUCGCACCCCCAAAAUCACCUAACUUAACUUCCAUAAGCUUGGCGACGUCAAAAGCAUCAGUCAAAGUUGGCGAACAUGUCCACAGCACGACCUUAACGGGAAUAACAUUGGGCUCAACUAACCUCGUCUCAACUCAGGAGGGUCCUCCGGAUGACGGCAGGGAAAAUUCAGCACAACCGAUAGCAUCUCCUACUUACCUCUUCAAAGCCAUAUUAGUUGAUACCUACCUGGGAGAGGAGGAGAUCAUUGGGAAGGAGGAGGUAACAGAAGAUCGGAUGAAAGAAGAGGAGGAGGGUUCCACACCACUUUCGCCUCCCGUGCUAGCAAUACCUGUCACAGUAUUUCCAGAGCAUGACUCCAUGACUCAGGGGAGCCCAGGCGCCGCAAGCAGCUUGCCAGAAUUGUCUUCUUCCUCCUCCUCCUCCUCCUCUUCCGCGCCAACUCCCGAGCAUUUGCAAAUUAUUUUACGGCAGCCCGAGGAGCCUCGCACUGGCAGCGACUCAAAGAAACACCCCUUUAAGGAGAGACAAGGGUCAAAAGUAACUUGUGUGACACGCAAGACUGUGAAUCUGCCUUCAAAGCCCAAGCAUGCGGCCUGUGAAGUGCUCAGUAACCCAGAGAUAACUUCGGAAAGGAAUAAGCAAGUGCCAGAGGAAGACGCCGACAAUUCCUGUUUGACGCCAGGACAGGAGCAGACAAACAACUUAUUACAAAGUCUCCCAAAACAUAAAUCUAAUGAAAACGGGAACGUAGACACGACGUCAAUUACACCAUCCGAUGAAAAUGAAGACCAAAACGCGUCGGAACUUUUAAUCAACCAAAAUUCCGUCUCUGAGUCAUUUGAAACGGAGGAUACCCCUACGACCCCUGACAUGCACAGAUCCAAACUACAACCUGGGCUAUCUGGAAUAAGAGGCAAUGGGACUAAGCAAGCAACGGGCUCCAAAACGGUAGCAGCAGAAAACCGGCGUACCAUUGAAAGCAUAGCGCGAGCCUCGGCAACGGGAGGCAAGGCCAAAAAUGUGGCAACAAAAGCCAAGGGCUCCACCGAGGACAUUAAAGUUACACCAUCCGGUGAUCUACCGCCACUAAAGCAACAAAACAAUGAAAAAACAAUCACACCAUCAAAAGACAAAUCCAGCAGUAGUCCGACAAAGUCUAAAAUCCCCAAAAGGCAAAUAUCAGAUAGUGAGAUCAAAACAACAGAAGCAGAGGAAUCUUCUGCUAUUCCCAAACUACAGAAAACUCCCAAACUAGCUCACGAAUCUGUGAAAUCUGCAGUGGUGACUCCCAAAUGUGUCAGGAAACCAAGUUGUGGGGAAAAAAAGGGUGAUAUUUCUCCUACUAAAGCAUCCUGCCGGCCAUUGUCAAAGGACCAUGAUGAUGUCAUACAACAUAUUGACUUGGUAAAUGGAGUGAAAGAGGAUAGUCAGGAAACACACGCUUCCUCAAUACCAAAGAGCCGGCUGCCUGUUUCAUCUCCUAAAAAGUUGAAAAGGGACCUACCUAAAAUGAGUGACACUAACUCUAGAAAAAUGACCUCAUCCCAAGGAGAGUCAGACAAACCCAAACAAGCCCAGAAGUGCCCAGACCAGCAAGAAGCAGCAGCACAUGUCGAAAGAGCUGCUACUGACACGCCUCCUCCUCCUCCUCCUCCUCCUCCUCCUGGAAGUCCCAAGAAAGGAGGCCCGCUUUCCCUCAAACCAUUAAGUGACGUCUUUAAAACAAGACAACGCCAAGAGGAAACCGACGUCACCAACCAAGAUAAAAAAGACUCAAAGAUGACCAAACAAAAGACUCCAUUAAAAAGUUCUCUUCCGCCAUCUCCGAGCAAGCUCCCCACAAGAGGCCAAAGGAGCUCCCCCAAUAUUAAAUCCAGGAGAAAUCAACAAACUUCAAGCGCCGAUUCGGACACUUUACAUCCAAACAGUAAUACCGAGACAGCUGGCAAACCUGCAGACACUGUUGAUGCGGAUCGUUUGAAAAACAGGAACAUUAAAUCCAUGUCUCAGCAGGAACAAGAGCACAGUGUGACACUCGCAAAUCAUUCUUGUGCCAGCCAAACCAAAGAAAAAGCCAGAGGAUCUGAAGAGGGCCUCGCUCGUCCUAAAGGAAACAUUUCAAAGACUCCAAUAGUCAAAGGAAAUCGAACAGUGGUGACAGUCACGCUCCAAGACAUAGUUAAACCGGUAAAAGUUGAAAUAGCCCAGGUAGCGCCGACCCAGUCGGUACCCAGUUCUGAGGUCAAAGAGCAUGAACACCUACAGAAAACCAUAUUGGAGCCGUCAACAAAAAAAACAUUUCAAGAUGACAGCGCUGCACCGGAAGUGAAACCAGAGAUGGCAAAGGAUGAAGAAGUAUUUUCAGAAUCAGCCCGGCCCACCAAUGACGCAAAGCUGGAAAAGGGCCAUUCAGAAGAAGAUUUAGCAGUGGUGCCUCACACUGCCCAUGGUGACAGCCUAACAGCCUCUCCCCACCUUCAACACCCUCAAGAAAAUGCAAAUGUAGAAAAUGCAAAUGUACCUCCAAUUGAACGCGUUCCAAAAGAGCUUCAUUCUGAGCUGAAAAGUCUUUCGGCAACACCUUCGACUUCUCUAAACACUGCUGAGGAAGCAAAAAAAAUUCAGGAACAAAUUACAAUUCAUCCAUCUGCAAUGACCAAAGAUUCGGUCAAAACUGCUACAGGAGAGGAGAAACCUAAAGAGGAGCUUGGCAAGGAACCAACACAGUCAAUAGACACAGCGAAUGAAGAAGCACCCAAGAAUGUUGAGAGUCAGCUAGACAAAGUGGCUCUUUCACAAAAGGAGGGACAAGAAUCAAAGUCCAGUGAAAAGCUGAAGCACACAACAGCGAUGGGCAACGACUGCAUGGGGGAGCUCAAGGCGUUAAGCACAGAGAAAGAAAUCAGCCGAUCGACUCAAUCGACCCAGCUAACAUCCAAAAAUGUACUUCACAAUUCAGAAGAAAUAACUGCAGUCUGUGAAAGUACAACCGAGACGUUGGCUUCCCACCAAGCUGUUAAUGAUUCUUUGAAGGAAUGUGCAGCUAAAGGAUCUCAGGAGCCAAUGAAUAUAUCAACAAUGAAAGAUCUGGAACCCAAAGUACUGCUCGCUCAGGAUGGGGGAACCACAAGUGACAAAGGGGAGGAGCAAAGUGAAAUCAAGACAAUUGAAGAUAGUGAAACAAAUGCUUCAUCACCAAAAGGUUUGGGGAAUGAAAGUUCACACAAGAGUCCCAACUCUGAAGUUGAAGACCAGAAACCUGUUGGAGUGCAAUUAAAGAGUGCUGACAAACACGAUGGAAUUGCUGAUACUGCAAAUGAUGAAAAUGCACUUGAAAGCCAACUUUCGGACAAAUCGGCGACUCAAAAAGAAACAAAUGAUUCUCCCCCAGAAGUUUUGGAAGCAACAGCGCCUCCUGCCACAAAUGAGAAUGAAGUUGAGGAUGUUACUGACGAUGCAGAAUCUAGCGUUCAAUCUAGCAAAGCAAAUAAGAUAACAGCAGAACCUAUAGAGAACACGGCCAAAGAUCCCGAAAUGCCUGCCAACUUGUCCACAAGCAAAAUCGAUGACCGUAAAAUUGAUGUAAAAGAAAAUGCAAAUUUGGACAAAAUGAUUGAAACAGUGUCUCAAGAAAAAAAUGAGUCCGAGCUCAGUCUGAUUAAGGAAGACAUGGCCACUGGUGGUUUAAAACAAUUAUCCCAAGAACAGAAAAAGACAACGCAAGAAGCUUCUCAACAGCCAAUAAAAGCAUUCCUUAAGGACAUCUCCCCUCUUCCGCUGAAGAAGGAGUCGCCAUCCAGCUGGUUAGACGUGGAACAUCAUCCCAAACCGAAAAAGGACAACAGACGGAAAGCGGGCGCCUCGGCCAGCGAAGACGAUUUGGACCAUUUCAUCAGCAGCAUUAAAGCAGGCGGCAUCCCCUUCCCGGUUCCUCUAAAAAAGCACCCGUGUAAAAAAUCCCCCUCUCCCCCUAUGCCGCCCAUCAAGGAGGAUCAUUUUGAGAAGACCUUUGAUCCCGAAGAAUUCCACAUUGGCUUGAGAAAGAAAAGCAAAGCUUUCAAGGACCCAUCUCCAGCCAUGAUGUUAAAAGAAAAAGCCGCUAGCCGGCGAGCGCGGGCCAUGGAAAAGCACGAGCCGGUCCAGAAAGACCAAAAUGAAUUACCUGAUGAGGAAAAAGACAAAACAAACGUCAAAGUCGGGCUACAGGUUGAGCAGAACAAUGGAGAGGGGCCCGGAAAGCUAUCUUCCCGAUUAGAAAGGAUAUCCAUCCUCUCGAGCUUGCUGAGUUCCCCGCGUUCCUCCAAGAGGAGCCAAGAGGAAACGGCAGCCGCCGACCAAAAUAACAAACAACAGAAAAAUGUGCCCUCACUUGGAAAACAGGAAACAGUUGACGCGACUUUUCCUGAACAUCCAUCAGAUAGCAAGGGUGUGACUCCCGAAGAUGCACCCCGUGAAUCGACUAUAAGCCCCGCCCCCUCUCCUCUGCCCUUGCUUUCGCAAACGAAACCGAGAGAAGAGUCAGAUACUGAGCAGGACUCCACAAGGGCACCCGAAAGCAAGUCGAAUCCGGAACCACUUCGUACUAUGGACGAGGCCUUAACGCCUCAUGUCAAUAAUGCUGAGCUACCUCCACCCACCAAAUACAUCCCAAAGAAUCCUUCAAAGACACCUGUGGUCAAAGGGGUCCACAAAAGACCUGCAAAGCUUUUCAUACACCAACAUGACAACUUGGAAGGUGAAGUCUACGAAGUGUGCGGUGACGUGGAGGAUGCCACGCAGAUGAAACUCUCUCCUGUCAUCUUGGUGCGAGUCAUCAGAGGAUGUUGGCUCCUGUACGAACACAAGGGCUUCCAGGGUCGUGUCAUUGCCCUGGAGGAAGGUCACACUGAUCACCUAGUGAACAUUUGGGCCGACGAAGGCGCCCCGACGACUCUGGACGACAAGGGUCAGCCCUUGACUAUCGGUUCUGUUCGACUGGCAGUAAACGACUAUAGCCAACCCAGAAUUGACUUGUUUACAGAGGUUAAUGGUUUGGGAAGGGUGUCAUCUUACUGCGAUGACACUCUUGAAAUUGGCUCCUUUGGGAUCCCCCAAGCCACUGGUUCCAUCAAGGUCCAUUCUGGAGUCUGGCUGGUGUACAGCGAUCCUGGCUUCGGAGGUUUGGUAGGAGUGCUGGAAGUAGGCGAGUUUCCUUGUUCGCAGACGUGGGGAUUCCCUCAGCCCUUUGUUGGCUCUCUCAGGCCUCUUCGAAUUGGAGCGAUAAGGGUGGAACAUCCUGAAGAAGUCAAGGCAUUCGUGUUCGAGAAGGCCAAUUUUGAAGGAGAGCGUUUAGAGGUGGAUGGUGACUUGUACACGCUGCAGAGUGUGCAAGAGGGAGAAGCAGAACAAAGCAGCUCUGGUGGAACCAAAAAUACAAUCUCCACAGUGGGGUCCAUCAAGAUACUCGGUGGUCUCUGGGUUGGCUAUCAAGAGGAAGAUUUUGAGGGUCAGCAAUACAUCCUGGAGGAAGGGGAAUAUUCUCACUGCAGCCAUUGGGGCGGAUCGGAGGAUGGUCUACUGUCUCUUCGGCCCAUUAGGACGGAUUUCCUGUCCCCACACAUUAAAUUGUUCAGUGAGCCCAACUUGGAUGAGCGGGGGCUGAGUGUGGAUCUAAUGGGCCCCGUUGUCAACAUGCAGGAAAUCGGCCAUGCCAUAAAAACCCAAUCCGUCAACGUCCUGAGUGGGGUCUGGGUGGCAUUUGAGAAUUCUGCAUUCAGCGGCGAGCUUUACAUCCUGGAGAGAGGCCUGUAUUUGUGUCCAGAAGACUGGGGUGCCCAGAAUUUCAAGAUAUCAUCCAUUCAGCCAGUUUUCAAUGAAACAUUAUUGGAAUCUCAGUUCAAGGUGAAGCUGUUCUCUGAGCCCCAUUAUAAGGGUCAACUGGUGGUUCUGCAGGACAGCGCAGAAGCUUUGGAUGAGGACUUUGUGCCCAGGUCCUGUAAGGUGCUGGAUGGCAGCUGGAUUGCAUACGAAGGCGGCAACUUCACUAACAACAUGUACUUGCUGGAGGAAGGAGAAUAUGCCGACACUGAGUUGAUGGGCUUCCCGUCCUCAGACGUGACGAUCCGUUCCAUGCAAACUGUUGCCCAUGAGUUGUCCCUACCCUCCCUCUUGCUAUUCAGCAAGGUGGCUUGCGCAGGUCGCAGGGUGGUGCUGACUCGAGGGACUGUCAACUUGCACCGAGCAGGAUCGUUUGCUCACGUACGCUCUCUGGUGGUAGAAGGAGGAAACUGGGCGUUGUACGAAGGCAGCAACUACCGCGGUCGGCAGCUCCUGCUUCAGCCGGGUCAAUUCGUCGACUGGUGCAAGUUCAGCGGAUGGAAGGGAAUCGGAUCGUUGCGGCCAUUGCGGCAGAAACAGAUCGGUAUCCGUUUGCGGAACAAGGAGACGGGAUGUCUGAUGUCACUGACGGGGGCGAUACAAGAUGUCCACCUGAUGAGGGUGAAUGCCAUAGAAGACACUGGUGGCGAUGAGCAACUCUGGUUCUAUCGAGAUGGUCAGCUUAUCUGUAAGCUGGCCGAGGACUGUGGCCUGCAGACCGCAGGAGACAUGGUGAUGGCGGGUAGUCGGCUUUGCGUGUCUCCAGAGAGAGGAAAAGACAACCAGCUGUGGGACAUAACCUCGGAUGGUGUGGUGCGCUGCCACUUCCAACCUGGCCUGGUCCUUGAGGUCAAAGGCGGUCGCCAGUACGACCAAGUGAUCCUCAACACGUUUGUGGAAGGAAAACCAAACCAAAGAUGGACACUGGAGGUUUUGUGACUCUCCGGGCCAUGUUGUGGCCCACCGACGUGGCUCUGCUCGUGGAGCACACAACCACUCAGUCCUGAGUGGGACUUUGCACAAACACUGCACUCUUGUAGCAUUUGGACCCUUCUGGAGGAGGGUCACCAUGUUCUGACAAUGUUCUUUACAAUUAUGGUUAACUUAACACUUUUGUUCAUAUUUUUUGUAUUAUAUAAGCAAAAGAAGUAUGUUCUUAUUUAUCUAGCAUUGUGUUGAUAUGUUGCAUUGCUCGGAGCAAAACGUCAGUCCCAUCUUAAUGUGGUGGCUCUCCUGACUUUAUGGUACGUAACGUCUUUACUCCAUGGUGUCUGUUUCCUCAUCUCAUGUUGAUGGACGCAAUGAAGUCUAAACUCCAAAGAUAUAUUUGAUUUACUACAUAUUUCGUCACUGCUGUUGAUAAUAUUGUAAAGCGUUGUUAAAGUUUGAACACUGAAUGUGAUUCAUAUUAUUUGUAGAUUAGAUUAAUUUUCAAUCAGACACAUUUUGAAUCAACUGUUGUAAAUAUGUAAACAUAAAAGAGAAAAUACCAGUUA